AGUGCGGCUCAAAGGGCUGGAAGGGUCUAUUCUGCUCAGGAUAUCAAUGUAAAUAAAUAAUUCUGUUUUAUAUUAGACUGUAUCUAUGCACUAUCCCUCUCUGAUGCUCAAUUUCGACCCCUGUAAGUAAUGGUUUUAAUUUUACUUGUCUGUUUGCACAAUUAUCUUUUGAUCUUGAAAGCAGCCUGGGUAAUGUGUUUCUACCUCUAAAUGAAGUAGAUUGUAUUUAUUUGCUUUAGGACUGACCUAAUAUACAUGAAUAAGAUUCUCUCCCUGGGGUCCCAGCUACAGAUGUUAAAAUAACAGUUGGGAAUUGGGGGCAAGAGGCAGGAAUAUUUGGUUCCUGAUGAACCAGUGAUAGAUUCAUUCAGGCUCAAAGGUCUUGUUUGAGGCUCUUAGCAAGUAGGUCACAUGCAUGUACAGUGUUUGCACACUGUUUUAACCAACCUUACUCGCUCCAUUGCAUUUCCUUCAAAUUCUGCGUGCCUUUCAAUUGUCUACCAAAGAAGGUUGUGGAGUCUGGAUCAUUCAAGGGGAUGAUGAACGAGAAAGAGGUAUUUGAAAUAUUACAGAGGCGGAGUAUUCUUUGAAACAUCUGUAAUUGAGGACUGUGGAGAACUGACACAGAAAGGGGAUGGAGUCCAGUGCAGGUCAGCCAUGAUCCGAAUGAAAGAUGAGCAGACAUGAGGGGCCAGGUGGCCUACUAUGUUUAAAUAAAAUAAUAAAGGCAUCCGUUAGUCUUGCGAGACCAUGGAUCUGCGUCUGGGAAGUCUUCACUCUCCAGGGCGCAGGCCUGGGCAAGGUUGUAUGGAAGACCGGCAGUUGCCCAUGCUGCAAGUCUCCCCUCUCCACGACACCGAUGUUGUCCAAGGGAAGGGCAUUAGGACCCAUACAGCUUGGCACCAGUGUCGUCGCAGAGCAAUGUGUGCUUAAGUGCCUUGCUCAAGGACACAACACGCUGCCUCGGCUGGGGCUCGAACUCACGACCUUCAGGUAGCUAGUCCAAUGCCUUAACCACUUGGCCAUGUAUUCACCCUACUAUGUUUAUUUUCUUGUAUUCAGUGGUUCCAUUUAAUAUCAGAGAAAUAACUGUAUAACCUGAAAUUCUUACUUUUCACAGAUAUCCACAAAACAUUAAAAAAAACUAAAAACCAAAAAAUGAGUGAUAGUGAUAUCAGACCCCUAAAGCCAACCCCUCCCAUGAAAUGGUAUCGACCCUUUCUCCACUUACACCAGCAAAAGCACCACCACCCUCUUCCCACCAUGCAGACAAUAGUAAAGCCCCCAAAGAGACAUUGAUUUUAGAGUCCAUCAAAAACUAUCUCACUACUCUCUAAACUACUCUCUCACCAGUGAGGGAGAGAAAUCUCUCUUACUGCAACAACAUGAGUAGGAGACUGGAAGCUUGCUAUUUCGAUGUUACAAUCUUCCACGUCGCUUCUCAUUCACCAUCAAAAAUAGAGGGGAUCGCUGGAGUGCAGGGCCCGCCUUCUGACAGCAGCGCACACCGCCUGCUGUCUUGAUGCUUGUCUCCCGUGAUGCUUCAAUCACCAACAAUGUCGGGGAAAGGCGUGCACCUUCCAGGCCAAACCUGGAGAUAUCGAAACCCUGGAUCGCACGGCGAGUCCGAGAACGAGAACCCACCGCCCAUGGAGAACCGUAGUUUGAGAUGCAUCUGUAGAUCAUGGAUUCCGACAGGACCCCAGCCACCUUGAAAAGACGAGAGACAUAAGAAAAGAAGAAUGAACUGUUUUGCAAACGAACUGGAAGAAGUCACCUAGGACUUUACAUUCAUCUCAAACAUGUUCAGCAAGAAGAAGAAGCGGGUAGAGAUCUCAGCACCUGUGAAUUUCGAGCACCGUGUCCACACUGGCUUUGAUCAGCAGGAACAGAAGUUUACUGGGCUUCCAAGGCAAUGGCAGAGCCUCCUUGAGGACACGGCCAAACGGCCCAAGCCCCUGGUGGACCCAUCGUACAUCACACCCAUUCAGCUUGCUCCGCGUAAGGCCAUUGUAAGGGGAAGCAAAGUUGGAAUCGACGGCUCACUGAACUGGCUUCUGGAUGAAUUUGAGAAUGUUUCUGUUACUCGUUCCAAUUCCCUGCGGAGAGGGAGCCCACCUUCACUGCCCCAUCGGGACCAGUCGCAGGAUGGCGUGCACAAGAACGGAGUGCACAAUAGCCACACUAAGGGUGUCUACUCAUCUGAGUUGGAGAGAUACCACGAUAACAAGGCGAGGACUGAGGGGAGUAAGCCAGGGUCCAGGGAUGAGCGGGACCAGGGUAGGGACGACAGGCACAGGAACCGAAAUGCUGAGCGGGACAGCGGUCGUGGUCACCCGCAGCAGCCCAGGGGUCAGGAGCCGAGCAGGCCCAACCACCGUGACAGGGAGCUCCGCCCCGAUUACCACAGGCACCCUGACAACAGGGGCAAGUCACACCAUAAAGUGGACAGCAGGAGAGACCACCACCCGGGCGACCAGGAAGGAAACCACGUUGGUUUCAAUGAGCCCGCCAGUUCACAGGAGCGCUCAGCACGGCGAGAGAAGAUUGAAGCCGCAGACAAGAGGCCAACGUCCACAUACACUGGCGAGAUCAGCCCACAGUCCCCAAAGGACAAGCGACCUCUCUCUGGUCCAAAUAUCCGCUCUCCGAAUGUUCCAGAUGCUGAUGGAACGCGAAAGGGCCUGCAUCCAUCUGGGAGACCCUUCAAUACGUACCCGAUGGCUGACGCUGGAACAAGCAGAGGCACCAACAGCCAGGUUGAUGUCAGGGUAGGAGUACCUCACGAUGUCCGGCACAAUGGCCCCACUGCCACCAAGAACAGUGCAAAUAAGCCGGAACAGGGUCACUUCAAGCCGACCCACGUGGAGGCAGUGCACCCGGGCCUGUCCCCCCACGCCUCCGACACGCACCUGGCACGCAGUCCUCAGACCAGCUCCCAGCCUUCGUACCCAGCACAGCCCCCGGCCCCUGACUCCAGGUCGCCCCAGCGUGAGCCGCAGAGGGUGUCCCACGAGCAGUUCCGAGCAGCCCUGCAGAUGGUGGUGGAUCCGGGUGACCCCCGGACAUACCUGGACAAUUUCAUUAAGAUUGGCGAAGGCUCGACCGGGAUCGUCUGCAUCGCCACUGUGAAGACUACAGGCAAGCUGGUGGCAGUGAAGAAGAUGGACCUGAGGAAACAGCAGAGGAGGGAGCUGCUCUUCAAUGAGGUUGUGAUAAUGCGAGACUACCAUCAUGAAAACGUGGUGGAGAUGUACAAUAGCUAUCUGGUGGAUGACGAGCUGUGGGUAGUGAUGGAAUUCCUGGAAGGAGGGGCACUGACUGACAUCGUAACGCACACCAGGAUGAAUGAAGAACAGAUAGCGACAGUCUGCUUGUCUGUGCUAAAGGGUUUGGCCGUCCUCCACGCACAAGGGGUGAUUCACCGAGACAUCAAGAGCGAUUCCAUUCUCCUAACCCAUGAUGGAAGGGUGAAGCUUUCGGACUUUGGGUUCUGUGCCCAGGUGUCAAAGGACGUGCCAAGGCGCAAGUCACUGGUGGGCACACCUUACUGGAUGGCGCCAGAGCUGAUCUCCCGGAUGCCGUACGGUCCUGAGGUGGAUAUCUGGUCACUGGGUAUAAUGGUCAUAGAAAUGGUUGAUGGGGAGCCUCCAUACUUCAAUGAACCUCCACUGAAGGCCAUGAAAAUGAUACGGGACAAUCUGCCCCCCAAACUGAAGAACGGUCAGAAGGUUUCUCCCCUCCUUAAGGGGUUCCUGGACCGGCUGCUAGUGCGGGACCCCUCACAGAGAGCGUUGGCUUCGGAGUUACUGAAGCACCCCUUCCUGAGCAAGGCGGGGCACCCAUCCUGCAUCGUACUACUAAUGCGGGGCAACCGUAUAAAAUGAGCUUGCUAAAAUGAGCUUAGUCCCAGCCGGGAGAGAAGAAAUUCUGUGAUUUUAAAACUAGGAAGCAUAUAUCUCAUAAUUAAAGCAUUUGGCAUUUACAAGAACAGGGUAGUUUCCUGUCUGACCCCAUGGGCCUGUGAGAUAUCUUCCAUCCACGGUGACUUGCUUUGGCAACCACCUCUUUCAACUGGAUCUUCUGACUGAAGUUCGACACUGCUGUUUCUAAGGGGGCAGAACCACACAGGAUAAAUAUGAAUACUACUGAACACCAAGACUUUUAUUUUCGCUUUGUGAAAUGUGACUUAAAGACUUUUAAAAGUCGACUAACGUAGUUUGUACACAGAGCAGCAAUGGAGGAACUACACUGGAAUUUUAUAUAAAUAUGAGAAGUGCGUGUGUAUAUUUCACUACUAAAUCUAGAUUUCUAAACACUGUUAGAUGUCACGACUGCACAGGUAUGAAGCAUGCAUCCGGGGGAGAGGGGUUCCUGACCUUUGCAAAGAAUGCUGGGAUAUUGGCAGACCAGGAACGACAAAGCUUGCGUUCCCUGCCUUUUACAUCACUUUCGACCUUGUGCAUGCUUCCCCUCCCCCACUCCCACCAAAAAAAAAGUGUGAUGUUUGCUAGUUUGUGCAGACUAGUUUAAAGUUCAGUCUGUUUCACAUGUUAAUUACCAGUCUCUGCACUAGGUAUUCAAGAGUCUUAUAACAGCAAGAUCGAAGCUGUGCUCCAGUCUGGUGGAAGGUGCUUUCAGGCUCUUGUCCUUGAAAUUGUUGGUUGGGAGGGGAGGAAGUGUGAAGAGAGAAUGUCUGGGGUUGGUGGGGCUUUACAGCAGGACGUGUGGGCAGAGUCUAUGGAAGAGAGUCUCGAUAACUCCAGAGCCAACCUUGGUGAGGAUGUGCAUGGGAGUCACUGGUAAAAGUGUCCUGCAGUCUUAAGGCUAGCUACAAGUUUCCUUGUGAACUUUGAGGUUAAUCAUAACUGUCCCAAAACCAAAUCAAACAUGAAUGACUUGGGGACAUGAAUUGUGUGCCACUGUGUUCAACAACACUGGUCACUCCAUUUUCAUUGUCUGUUACAAAUGUUUUGAAGGCAACUGGAGGGGAGAGCAAGUGUUUGUCUAGGCUCAAACAAUGAGUUAAUUUCACAGCAAUGUAAAUUUAAUCAGAAGACUGAGUCUAUUUAAGGAGUUGAGAAAACCGAAGGAACGAUCAAAAUUGCAGCAACUUCUCCUAAUAAAAUCUGGCUGUUUUUUCCAGGAGUUGGAGAAGGGUUAGAAAAAUAUACAUGAAAUCACUUUCAAUUACUUGGUGUGAUCACUUGUCCUGAAAGGGAGAAUUCCCAGUCAUUGUCACACGUAAUGUAGGAUUCAAUAGGGAAGAGGGCAGAUGGGUGGGACCCAUUCUGACCAAUACCACUGUGACUGGGGUUUGGAUCCCCUGUCUCUGCAUAUUCUGCUUCUUGGUUUUGGCCAGAGGUUCCCAAAAUUUUUUUAUUGCAUGGACACCCCCUACCAUUAACAGAGGGGUCAGUGGGCAAACUUCCAUUCUUAUUAAAAACUUUGUACAAUUCGGAAUGAUCUAGUUGCUAGUUCAGUUAUUGUGUACAGGUCACAAGGUUUCACUGAGGAAAAGUAUUUCCUGACAGCGCUAGUGUAUCGUCCCAUUCUCAGCACACAGUGUGAUGUCAAACCCAAAGGCUUGUACAUCCAGGGAGCGCAACAAAAAUCUGUGUAAAUCAGCAAAAUCCUAGCAGUUCCUAACAUCUUGAUGUUGAAGUUACUUUCUUCCCAUUUUAAAAAAAAGUCCUUGAAGAUCAUAAUUUUUUAAACUAACUUCCCCCAUCACCAUUCCUACAAGCACUUCUUGUGUUAAGAUUAACAUGGAAGGAAUCAUUUUGAUGUGACGUAGGUUUUCAGAAAUCAGAAUCAGGUUGAAAAUCACCGGCAUGUGUCAUGAAACUUUGAUGAAAUGAACAGUAGCCUGAUGUGGAUGAUUCGUGUGAAUUGUUGGGCGACAAGGCUACAGAGUUUCUUUGCUCAUUGCCAUUUACCAGUCAGUGCAGGAAAACCCACUCCCGUGACUGCUGGACAAAAUUCACCAGUGACCAUGGAAACGGCUAGCCGCUGAUCUUUUCCUGCCACUUUUCACUGUGCAGUCAAAAGAACUACAAGUGGAGCAAGUUCAUUAGAAACUCUCAAGACUUGAUGCAUGCCUAAGUACUGAAAGUUUUCUUGAAUGCCAGUAUCCCAGCAUCCCAUUGCACCAGUUUGUCCUUGAAGUUGUGUUUGAGCCAGUUACCAGCAUGCAGCUUCAUCCCAAUGGAGAGAUGAAGGGACUACUGAAUGGCUUUGCCUGGGUUUGUUUAAGGAUAUUUAUAUUGUAAUUUUUUUGUAACACUACAGUAUUUUCUAGAGAAUGCUGCAACUUAUUUUCUUGAGUAGUUACUUUACAAGAUUUACUGUUUUAAAAACAAGUGUUUUUCAUUGUGCCAAGAGGGUGAAUUUAAUGAGGUUUUAAAUUUUAUAAUUACAGAUCUGAAAACCAUUUUUCACACAGUUGGCUCGUUUUAUAUUCCACAUUUUUAAAGAAAUGGCAAGCUUGCCGCCUGGUGUGCCACAAGACACCGGGAGCAACGUCUGUGUGUGUGAGCAAAUUCAAAGUGUCUGUGUGUGUGUGAGCAAAUUCAAAGUGUCUGCGUGUGGGUGAGCAAAUUCAAAGUGUCUGCGUGUGUGUGUGUGAGCAAAUUCCAAGUGUCUGUGUGUGUGUGUGUCUGUGCAAAUUCCAAGUGUCUGCGUCUGUGCGUGUGUGUCUGUGCAAAUUCCAAGUGUGUGUGUGUCGAUACACUCAGUGGCCACUUUAUCAGGUGCUGCCUGUACCUAAUAAAAAGGCCACUGAUUAUGUUCGUGGGCUUCUGUUGCCUUAGUCUAUCCCCUUCGACGUGUUGUUACCGUCCCGUCAGCUUGAACCAGCCUUGGCCUCUCUCAUUAAUGAGGUGUUUACACACAUGCAACUGCUGCUCACUAGGUGUUUUGGGUUUUUUUGUUUGCACCAUUCUCUGUAGACUCUGGAGCUGGGAUUUGCAUCCUGGGUUUCAUGGACCCUUUGGUUAAUGGUAGGGGUCUGUGGCGUAAAGGAAGGCUUGGAACCUAUGGAAAAUCCCAGGAGACCAGCGGUUUCUGAGAUACUCGAACCACCCUUCUGGCACCAGCAUGGUCAAAGUCACUUGGAUCACAUUUCUUCCCCCAUUCUGAUGUUUGGUCUGAACAAUGUACAAAGUACAAAUAUGUCACCAUAUACAACCUUAAAAUUUGUUUUCUUGAGGGCAUAUUCAGUAAAUCCAUAAUAGAAUAAUAACCAUAAUAGAAUGAUUGAAGGCUGUCUCAACUGGGCCAUUCAGCCAGAGUGCAGAAGCCAACAAACCAAAAAUACAGAAAAGAAACACUAAUAUAAAUAAAUAAGCAAUAAUCAUUGAGAACAUGAGCUAAAGAGUCUUUGAAAAUCAAUUCAUUGGUUGUGGGAACAUUUCAAUGAUGAGGCAAAUGAAGUACGCCCUUUCGUUCAGGAGCCUGAUGGUUGUGGGGUAAUAACUGUUCCUGAACCUGGUGGUGUGGGACCUGAGGCUCAUUGUGGUGAGUGAAGUUAUCCACACUGGUUCAGGAGCCUGAUGGUUGUGGGGUAAUAACUGUUCCUGAACCUGGUGGUGUGGGACCUGAGGCUCAUUGUGGUGAGUGAAGUUAUCCACACCGGUUCAGGAGUCUGAUAGUUGUGGGGUAAUAACUGUUCCUGAACCUGGUGGUGUGGGACCUGAGGCUCAUUGUGGUGAGUGAAGUUAUUAUUGGAAGAUGUAAACACAUGCAUUGUAUUUUCUGUGUGUUGCAGUGUUUACAAUGUUUACUCAGCAGUGUUUACCCAAAUGUACACAUUGUAACAGCAUUUACUGGAAGGGACAUUGUAUUUUCUAUAUUCGCUAUGUGACUGCUGCUGGCUCAGUGGAGGGUGUUCGCUAUGUAGCCAUGACUUUUGACCUAAUCACUAUUAAUUCAGGAAGAGAACUAGAAUGAAACCAAGUAGGAAGAUAACGGUGGCGAGUAAGGUAAUGAAAUAUGUGGCAGUAUGUCAAAACAAGACCAAUUAAGAAAUAACUGUGGUUAGGGAUGAGGGGACACCUGGUCUAAAACGUAAACUAGGACAUAAUUAAAUUGGGGAGUAAAACAAUAGCGGAAGGUCGAGAGCGGAUGUAUUGAUGAUAUGUGAUCACAGGCCGUCUGGAUAUGAUAAUGUAGCUAAGAUAGGAGAUUGCUAUAAAAAAUACUGUGUACAAGCCUCGAUGGGCAGUCAGCUACUAGCUUUCUGAUUGUCUCAGCUUUGAUUUGCAAAUUAAAGUUUAAAACUUCUUGAAGGAUUUUCUGCGUCUCCUUGUUGUUUGUAAGAAACGAGAAACCACGACAAAAUUGGUGUAGUCGGCAGGAUUUGGAUAGAGACCCGCGAGGAAGGGAACAGCAGAUUGGGACGCUUCCCGGUCGCUCGGGGACCCUCACGAGGCUAAC